AUGGCCAAAAGACUACUCCCCAACGACGUUGAAGUCGGUAACGACGAGCUAAAGAGGCAACGCGCAGAGGCCGCAGAGCAAAGCAAUAUCGAUGCGGAACUGCUGAAGGAGAAGCAAGACCCGGCGUCCGGGGACGAGGACGUGCACCGGGACGAGGACGAGGACGACCAAGACCACGAUGGCACGGCAGCAGCUGCGGCCGUGGCGGCGGCCGCAUACGGUGGGUUCAUGGGGGGCCAGGACGACCCCAACCACGAGCUGCACCACGCACACCACGCGCACCACCACCACGACGUGCACGAUGCCAAAGUCGAGGACGACGAGGAUGACGACGACGCGUCGCUCAAGGACGAGGACGGCAAGCGCAGCGGCCGCCGCGGCCGCAAGCCCGCGCCCGUCACGGGGUCCGCCGAAUGGCGCCAGCAGCGCAAGGACUCGCACAAGGAGGUCGAGAGGCGCCGCCGCGAGAACAUCAACACAGCCAUUAACAAGCUCAGCGAGCUGCUGCCCGUCAAAGAGUCCAGCAAGGCCUCCAUCCUGCUGCGGGCCGCAGAGUACAUUCUGAAGCUCAAGGACACAGAGAACGCCAACAUCGAAAAGUGGACGCUGCAGAAACUGCUGGGCGAGCAGCAAGUCAGCACGCUGACCAAGGCCAACGAGAGUCUGCAGCUCGAGCUCGGCAACGCCUUCAAGCAGGUCGACAUACUGAAGCGUCAGCUGAGGAAUGCGGGCAUUGCCGUGGACCCGGAGAUCGCCAAGCUGGAAGCAGAGGCCACCAGAAACGAGUAA